AUGCAAGCGGGGCACUUUCCUGGAAGUUGUGUUUUUGAGCGGUACAAAAGGUUUCGUGAAGGCGGAAAUUCAGUGCAAGACGAUCCCAAAGCUGUUCUCACGUCUACAGCACAUACCGAUGCAAACGUGGAGCGUGUAAGGCAGUUAUUGCAAGAAGACCGCUGUGUAACUGUGCGUAGGAUAUCAGAAGAACUGAAUUUGAAUCGUGAUUUUUAUCAUAAGAUUUUACGCGAAGAUUUAGGGAAACGGAAACUUAAUGCAAGAAUCGUCCCUCACUCACUGACAGAUGAACAGAAAGAGGAAAGACGAAGAAUUUCUGCUAAACUAUUGGGUAGAGCCAGACGUGAUCCCACAUUUGUGUUAAAGAUUAUUUCCGUGUUUCCAUGA